GGAGAAUCAUUAUUAGUCAAGCACUUGAAUAGAACAGACCUUUCAACGCUUUGAAGAGCAAAACCACAAACAAAAUAAAAAAUUAAAAUUUAUAAAAGCAUUAUUAAUUAAAUAAACUUUGUUAAAACGAUCAAAAUGGCACAGCGCAGAAAUUUGAAAGUUUCAUAUCACGGAAAUCGUCGGACAAUUGGAUAUAAAAUGGGCAACAGCUGUGAUGAAAUUCUCAAGAAGAUCAUGCUGCACUUUGAGAUACCACGUCACCACAAAUCAUCGCUACUGCUCACCACUGAGACUGGAAAAGUUUUUAGCGGCCGUCAACUCCGCAACUACCUUCAAUUAUUUCCAAAUCCGCAUAUAACUUUUUAUUUACGCUAUGAUAGCAAAGGCACCAUAAAAUCAGAUGACAACCUAAGCGGCAGCUGUGCCGGAACAAACCGUAAAAAUCUCAAACGCCAACGUGACGCCAUUGAUUAUGACGGCGAUGACGAGACUUAUCCAACGACACCUGUAUUUCGCAUGAACUGUUUUAUAGGCGCCUAUCCUAGCAAAUGUUCAGCACCGCCAGCUAAACGUGUACGAUUUAGUGAAGCUUUAAAUCGCAUUAAAGUCAUACCAGCUCGUCCACAACUAACUAGGAAGCUGGUAGCCGGAGAAGGUACACUGCGUCGGAUGAAUUCUUUUGUUGACGAAUAUCCUGAAACUGCAACGUAUGCACAGCGUCUAGUUGGAAGUUCUGUGGAUCAACCAAAUCGAAACUCUACGAAAGAAGCGGUGAUAGGAUCUAAGACACAGUUGGCUUCAUGGUCGCCAGUAUUUCGCAUGAAUUCCUUUAUAAACACUUAUCCCACAACACCACAGCAACCGAUCACCAAGUUUUUCAAACAAAAAGCAAGGCGUACACUAUUCACGGAUGCCCAGAAGCGUAUGGCUGUAGCCAAGCGAUUACCGCGUUUGUAAAAAUUUGUAAUUCCAAUGGCAAACCAAACACGUCGACGAUACCAAAACGAACCGCCCAAGGAGUAUCACUCUCCAUCAGUAUUUCACAACAAAUGAGGCUUCAAUAUUAACUCUAAUACAAAAGUAUAGUUGCGUACUACAUACAUACAAAUGUAUACUAAACUACAUUUAUUUUCUUAAAAAAUUUAAAAGUAGCCAAAGAUUUUAAGUUUAAGUAUUUUUACCAUAAUAUAUUCAACAUAAUUUAUUUAUAUGUAUGUAAUUAGAGUAUAAGUCAGAGGCAUGUGAUCGUUUAAAUUUGAGUUUGAUCCAG